AUGACUUUCGGCGUUCCAGAAACUAUUGUCUCUGAUAAUGGAUCGCAGUUUCGCUCUGAGGCGUUUCAAAAGCUCUUGAAACAGUAUGGAGUAAAUCAAAUGUUCACCGCUGUUCAUUCCCCUCAAGCGAAUGCAUCCGAACGAGUUAAUCGCUCGGUAAUUUCGGGAAUAAGAGCUUACUUGCGUCCAGAUCAGAAGGAUUGGGACGAAAGCUUAAGCAAAAUAUGCAGUGCUUUGAGAUCGUCCGUGCAUUCGAGCAUCGGCACUUCUCCAUAUUGCAUGGCUUUCGGCCAGCACAUGAUUACGUCGGGGUCAACAUAUGCAUUACUUAGAAAGCUAAACAUGCUGGAUGAUCGAUCACUGAUGCAACUGAAGCAUGAUGUGAACGAGAAACGUUACAAUUUGCGGUCAAGAACAAUAACUUUCGCGCCAGGACAAGAAGUGUUCCGUCGAAAUUUCAAGCAAAGUUGCUUCCAGACUGGCUAUAAUGCAAAGUUUGGUCCUGCAUUUGUAAAGUCGCAAGUUCGUAGAAAACUCGGCGACUCAAAUUACGAGCUCGAGUAUUUGCAAGGCCGUUUGCUAGGCAAUUAUCAUGUCAAGGACAUGCGACAGUGA